AUGACAGCAAGCAUGAUCAUGAACCAUCUCGAUGGUGUUGACAGACAGCCUACACUUGAAACCGCGGUGGGAAGUGCUACAUGCCUGCCUGGUAAAGAUGACCUGGCAGUUGACGCCCGAUAUACAUCCACACAACAACCUCGAACGCCACUGGCUGAUUCCACUGGCUCGCCCAGUCGCCAUGGUGAACUACGAACGAAACCGCCAGAGGGGCAGAAGAAGUCAUCUAGUGAUGACUGCUCAUCAGCCUCCCGCAGCACGCCUGAUUUAAUGCCUACCAAUCAAGAACAAAUCUUUGACGACCGGCGAGCCCAAGAGGUCAUACAUGGUCGUUUAAUCAGAGGUCAUAUCGUGGAAGAUGACUUCAAUUCCUCCAUCAUAUCGACUGCCGAGAAUAGUUUACAGGAGGAAGAUCUCAUGGCCAUGUCUCACGCCUCUUCCUUUUUUGUACCAGAAGGACAGAUUCUUGGCGGUGGUGGCGAUCCAGCAGCAAGUUCCGACGAAGAAGACAAUGCAUUUCAGGAUACCAAGGCCGAACACAUGAUUACUUUGGUAGGCAAUGUGAGAAACCGAACAGUGUUCAUUGUAGACGAUAUGAUAGACAAACCGGGCUCUUGGAUUGCCGCGGCUGAGACGGUAGUGAAAAAAGGAGGGGCUAAACAGGUCUUCUGUAUCGCCACACAUGGUGUUUUUGGAGCAGACUGUCUUGAACAACUCCAAGAAUGCGAGUGCAUCGAUACAAUACUCGUCACAAACAGCUUCCCUAUUAACCAAGACCGGGCGAGGAAUAUCCACAAACUUGUUGUGCUCGACUUGUCAUUCCUCUUGUCAGAAGCUAUCCGACGUAAUCAUUACGGCGAGUCGAUUUCACCACUGUUCCAACACACAGGGGAUUGA